GCCUGAUCGCAGCUCAUCACAAUGAUAAGUGCUGGAGUCCUGGGAAACAAAGAGGAACCAAGUCCUCCUCCCACGACGAGAUUCUGCCCACUCCGACCUGGCUGAUCACCCCGGCCCAACAAUGGCAAAACAUGCUCCUGGAAAUGUCAUUGAUGCCGGCGGUCUGGUGAAGGAUCCAGCAAGUGGCAGUUUUGACCAAUAUACGCAAGAUAAUCUGAACGCCUGGAACGCAAUCGCAGGCGAUUGGGAGGUCAACCAGUCGCCCGAGGUAAAUGGCAAGGCCGACGAUGGCAACGAUAUGUUCACGCAGUGUCUGCUGCCCGUAGUCGAUGAGCUGGCCGAGUGGAAGUUCGGUCAAACCGUAUUGGAUCUCGGAGCUGGCAGCGGCAUCAUUGCUCGUCGAUUCGCCAAGCACGGCGCCAAUGUCACCGGACUGGACUUUUCAGAAGCCAUGCUCGAGAAGGGCAGGGCGCGAAGUAAGAGUGAGCACGUCGUUGGGAGCAUCACCUACGACUUCAUUGAUCUCAUGGAUUAUGAUGGUAUGGCCAAGUACAUGGCCGAUAAGGACCGAUUUGAUGUGAUUACUAUCAGCACAACUCUCAAGUCAUUGCCAGAUCUACAACCUCUAGCAAAAGCCUUACCUUUGAUGUUGAAACCAACUGGUCGGGUAGUGAUAGUCGAUCUACAUCCAGCUUUCUCAAAACCCGCAGGUCAUCGCGGGAUGGAGAUCUUCGAAGAUCCCAAGACCGGUAAGCAGCAGCUCAGCACAUAUAUCAAAGUGCCACGGUAUCUCAAUAUACCGCCCUCGAAGAGUGAGGCAGUGCGAGGGCAACCAGAGCCAUUGUGGGUGUUUCACCGACCAUUUUGGGCGCUUAUGCAGCCCUUCUUCGACCAAGGCCUUGUACUCGACGCAAUGCGAGAGCCAGCGUUCCAAGGUGACCCGGUAUUGGCUCAAGCGCAGUCAUAUCACAACUUCCAGCAGACGCCGAUGCUCCUCGCUUUCCGUUUAAAGCUGCUUGCGCCUGCGACAUGACCAAUAGCGGUUGUGUUCGGCAUUUGAUAGUCUGGGGAAUAGGGCGCCAUCUGGAGAUGCAUUCACGCGACCACUGCUAGCACUCAACAGUCCGAAAGAAUGCCCGUCUGGGCCAAUGCAGUGCUGCCAUGUUGCUGACGACGGUGCUCUUCGCGGCCGUUUAUGCAUGUUUGAGCCCGGUCAGCGACAGCAAAGCCUGAUCCCAGAAGCGAGUGCUUCCGGCGAACUUAAGACUCCUCGCGAUGCGUGGACGAGUUUGCGGUUGGAGACGUGUCGAGAGAUGGAGCGAGUGACGAGAGAGCCAUGCUUACAAUUCGUGAAAUAUGCAGCGUCUCGUGAGCGGUAUAAAGACCAACAAGAAAAUCAAAAAGUGAAAUGGC